UGUCUCUGAAUGUUUGUUGUGCACAGAGAAGAAGAAGAAGAAGAAGGAAGGAAAAAUGCUAAAAUCAUGGCUGCACUUUUAUAAACAUUUACUAGUUUUACAUCUUUCUGAGCCAUGUUGCCAAGGUGAGUCAUCAGCUGUGAUUCUGUCUCUUCUCCAGUUUAACAUGGAUGAAGUGAACCUGGUGUCGGUGGCGGUGGGCAGAUGUGCGGACGCCUGCUGUCUGCUGCUGGAUCUGCUGGUCAGGACGUUCAGCUGGCUUCUCCGCUUCCUGUCGGGCGUGGGCGUUUCCCUCCACGGCGCUCUGCUCGCUCUGAACGGCUCCACUCUGCUGGAAUACUGCAACUUCGCUCUGUUCUCCUUCCUCACCGCCACGGAGGCCGUCUCCAGCGCCGCGCACGGAGUCCUGCACGCGCUGGACGGCUGGCUGCAGACGCUGGGAGGAGUGUGCGAGAGCUUCAAGAUGGUGGGUCACCUCUCGUGUCACGUGGCGUGGCGGACCAAAGACGUGCUGCACCGCGGCCUGAUCUCCGCCAGCUGCGUCCUCAGACAGAUGUGUGAAGGCGUCUGCAUCGCGCUCAGCCUCGUCCUCUAUCUCAUCAACACCGUGGUGAACAUCAUCCUCAUCGCCAUGCAGAACGGCGUGUCGGCGGUGGCGGGCGCCUGGGACGCGGUGGCGGAUCCGGUCCACAGGCUGGUGGAUCUGGCUCUGACUCUGCUCACCUUCCUGUACAGCUGCUUGGUGGGAGCGUCGGUGCUGCUGUGGACGCCCUGCCAGCUGUUACUGGACCUGCUGGGAGCGCUGGGCCGCGUCUUCAUCACCGUCUUCAUGGUCGACACGUACGGCGUUCUCAUCUCGGCGGCCGUCAUCUCGGUGGCGCUGCUCGUACUGAACCCCAGACUUCCUGUCGUCGUGGGUCAGCUGAGCCUCCGCUUGGUCGGCUCUUUACCCGGAGUCCAGAGGAGCCUUCGCAGGAUGUACGCAGUGAUCGUAGAACCGGCUCUGACCUAUCAGGUGGUUCGAACCCGGGCUACACAGGAAGUGACCCGGACCAGGUUUCCGUUCACAGACACGGCUGCUUUACUCCCGUCUGAGGCUGACUUCCUGAUUCCAGCGACUGAGUCGAUCCAAACGGACUCUCCUCAGCUCCUCGCUCAGCAGGAAGGCGAGCCGGUGAGCAGCGAGGUCGGUGACAUCAGCAGGACUAACGCUUCCCCGCCAGCCUCGGCUCCGGACGGCGGCGGCGGCGGUGACAUCUCUCCGUCGGACGGCGAGCUGCUCAGCCUGCUGAAGGAGCAGGAGGAGAGGAAGAAGUGCGUCAUCUGUCAGGACUUGAGUAAGACGGUGCUGCUGCUGCCGUGUCGUCACCUCUGUCUCUGCCGGCACUGCGCCGACAUCCUGACGCAGCGCCGAGCCGUCGCUCAGCGCUGCUGUCCGCUCUGCCGUCAGCCAAUCACAGAGACCAUGGACGUCUUCCUCUGACAGCGUUAACGACCAGACUGACUUCAAGCUGCUGACACUUAAAGUGAUGGUUCGACCGAGCGUCA